AUGUCAGCAAACGUCAACAAACCGACAGACCUCAAGCAGAAGGAGGCCGACGUCAACCGCAAGCUUCAGCUCUACGGCAUCAUCUCCGCUUUUCAGGCUGGCAAGGUUCCUUCGAAUGACCAAAUCGAUGUCGCUCUGAACAGCUUCCUGGCCUCCAAGGCCUUGUCAAACCCUCCCGAGAAGCUCUCCCAAGAGGGUCGCGCACUGGUCGCCGACGCGCGCGAGGUUGUCAUUCAAGCCAAGAACCUCUUGUUGUCCAAGAACCAGGGCAAUCUGCUCCAAGAUUUUAUCUGGCAGACUGAGCAAUUCGACCCCAAGGCUGUCGACGUUCCCGGUGCUCCUGUCAAUAAGGAGGUUGCUCAACAGCAUGGUGACAAGGCGCUAGAGGGUUUGCGUACCCUCGGAACUCUGCUCAUCACCAAUGGACAGUUCCGCAAGCUUCUCAAGGAUGCUACAGUCCUUCUCCGCGACAUGGCUGGCGAUGCCGCUACCAACGCCGCUCAGCGUGUCCGUCCCUCUGGUGAAGCCCUCCAGGACAUUGAUCGCCCUGCUGAGGACAACACUUGGCAUGACGCCCCCGACUUUUCCAAGGAGAACUUCAAGAAGCAGGCUCAAGGUGUCUACAAGGGCUCCCCCGCCGAUGAUGCCCGGGAAGUCCUCAACGCAGGCACGCAGGCUGCUCACCCCAACGGAUCGCAGGACCCUCAAGACUUGGCUGCGACUGCCGCUCGCGACCAGGCGCAAGGUACCAGCUCCGGCAUCGACGCUCAGGGUGGCAUCAGCGCUGCCCGCGACGUCAUUCAGAAGAAGUACAACGAGAACGUCGAUGGUGAGACCAAGGAGCAGGCACGUCAGCGCAAGGAAGAGUACCUCCGCCGUUCCAAGGAGUACUUCAACAAGAAGAUGCCUCAAGAGCGGAAGGACCAGACCAUCUGGCGCUUGAAGAAGAUGGUGCUUGAGUGCCAGCAACACCCCGAUUAUUCCCAGGCCAUUGAGACUCUUCUCAAUCUCGCUGAGGAGUACGCUGGCCAUUCCCGCACCCUUGCCCAGGGCGGAUCUGGCACCGUCAAGGAUACCCGUGCCAGUCUGGCUCAGGCCGAGGCUGACCUCAAGACGCUUAUCGAGCGCUUUGCCAACGGCACUUCUACCGAGGAUCUCUUCGAGUCGAUCAACCAGAUCUAUCGUGACGCUGACAAUGAUCGCGAGCUCAAGGACUGGUUCAAGGCUAUGGACCGAUACGUCCGCCGCUGCCUUCUUGAGCAGGGCUACAUUCUGGACGAGGACUCGAACCAGGAGUGGAAUAACCUGUACGACCAUGGUCGCUACUUGCUUCGCGAGAAAUACCGCGCUCAUACCGACCGUGUCUUUGACGAGGUCAAGUUCUUGAUUGACCAGUUUGACCAGGACCCCCAGAACAAGCGCUUCGGUCAGGCCGUCCAGAAGCUGUUCACCGAUCUCGGCAAUGACGAGAAUGGCAAGCCCACUUUCAAGCCUCACUUGCUCAAGGAUCUUUCAGAGGUCAUCAUUCCCGCCAUCUUCGAGAAUGUAGCCUACAUUCCCGUCCCCCGUAUCGAGUACAGCGACCCUCAGUUCGAUGCAGUCAUUGAGAACCUUGUCCUGGAGUCUGACAACUUCAUGCCCAACGUUCUCGAGAUUAACAGCGAGAACUACUUCCUCUGGGGACGAAAGAAGAUUGCCAACAAGCACAAGCAAUCCUUCGAGCUAAAGGUUGCUGGUGUCCAGCUUGAUCUCCGCGACGUCAGCUACCACGUCAAGCGCAAGCAGGGCUUCCCUUCCAUCACUGACACUGGUGUUGCCGACAUUCUCCUUGCUGGCGAUGGCUUCUCUUUCAAGAUGAAGCUUUCUUCCGCCGAUAAGAGUGACAGGCACAACUUCUUCAAGGUUGACAAGGUUGAUGUUGACAUCAAGCACAUGAGCAUCAAGCUCAAGCAGUCCAAGCACAAACUCCUGUUUGGCCUUUUCAAGCCUAUCAUGCUCAAGGUCCUUCGCCCUGCUCUCCAGAAGGCUGUUGAGAAGGCCAUCAAGGACCAGGCCACCCAGUUGGACAGCGUUCUCUAUCAGAUCAAGCAGGAGGCUGAUCGUGCCCUCGAUGAGGCUCGCUCUAACCCUGAGAAUACUCCCAACAUCUACAACCGUUAUGCCACCGCCAUCCAGAAGCGUACCCUGCAGGCGAAGCAGAAGGCAGAGGCUGUCACCGCCGACAAGAAGGUCAACUACGCCAUCACCAAGGAAGACUCCAUUUUCCCCAACAUCCACCUUCCUGGAGGUAUUAGCUCCAAGGCUACCGAGUACAAGGAGUUGGCUCGCAAGGGUGAGCGUUGGGAGAGCCCAGUCUUCGCCAUCGGCAAGGCUAGCAAAUCUACCGACAUCCCGGAUGCUCCUCGCAUUGAGCGCAAGAAGCAUGGUCUCCCCAAUCAGCAGGGUCAAUACGCUCCUCACGCCCCCGCUCAGGUCAAUGGUGGCGAUUUGAGCACCAACCCUGCUUCUGGCUAUCCUUCCACUGGUUAUGAUGCCCACCCCAAUGGCGGUCUUAAUGGCACCGUCAACACUCUCUCUACCCCUGCCCACGUCAGCGGGUAUUAG